UAUAAACAUUUUUUAGUACAGACAUGUAGGUUACUUUGAACAUUUAAUAUAAACAAUAGUUCAUAUGUUAAUAUAUAUUAUAAUAGCGCAGUCAAUUAUAUAAUCGUAAAAUAAGAUAUCAAAAUCAUUGUAGUAUUUAAUUUUUAAAAAAUCAUGUUAAGAUAUAAUCAGUGCAAUAGAAAAUUAUUUAGAUAUAUACUUUAUUCACCUUCUUGGGAAUUUAUGUUAAUAAGAAGAUUCAAACAUCAACAUGAUAUGAAAAAAUGGUAUCAAACUCUAGAAGUUGCAGAAGAUUGUGAAGAUGAGGCACUAAAAUUAGCAUUUGUCCAUCAAGCAAAAAGAUUUCAUCCAGAUAGUGGUACAUCAGAAGCUAAUGCAGUCAAAUUUUCUGAGGUAGAAACUGCCUAUAGACAAAUUCGUAAAGCAAGGAUAAAAGAGAAAGAAGAUAAUACAAAUUUACCUAAAGUGGGAGAAUAUGAUAUUAAACAUACAGCACCACAGCAUCGGCAUUAUUUAAUGUAUAACAUAGGAGAUGGAACACUUAGCAAAAGACAAAAAUUGUAUACAAUGGAAAGAGCUCAGAAAGCAGUUGAUAAUGUAUUGAAUCACAGAUUAAAAAAGAUCCAAGCCGAGGAACGUAAUACAUUAAUUGGAAUGGAUAAGCAACAUGCAAAAGAUAUUAAGACACGCUUUGGUAUGGAUCGUUUAGUAGAAGAUUUAAUUCAAGAAGCAAUGAAUAAAGGUGAAUUUAAAGAUCUACCAGGCAUGGGUAAACCGCUGAAGGAAAAUACAAAUACUCGAAAUCCAUAUGUUGAUUUUGUUACUUAUAAAUUGAAUGAGAUACUAAUAGAAAAUGGAUUUACUCCUGAAUGGAUACAGUUAUCUAAAGAAAUUAGAGAAGAAAUACAAAAUUUACGGAAGCAAUUAAUAAAUGCCCGUAAUAAUGUAGGACUUCUUCCAUUAAGUUUUACAGAUGAAGAAUCUUGGAACAAUAUUGUAGAAAAUUUUAGAUCUAAAACAAAACAAAUAAAUAGUAAAAUCGAUAAAUAUAAUUUAUUGGUACCUAUACUUCAAAAACAAAUGCUUCAUGUUAAAUUAGAAGAUCUUGCAAAAGAAGUACUUUCAGUACCACCACAAAGAGCAGUUAAAAAGCAUAAUUCAAAAAAAGUAAAUUCUGAUGCUUCUGUUAAUGAAGAAGGUAGUUUAUUCGGAAUAAUAUCUUUCAUCUUUAAUAAAAAGCUUUAA